AAUACAAUAAUUGCGUUCUAAAUAACUCAUAGUUUAACAUAACACUCGUGUAUUUUCUUUAUAAGUUUUUGAUUAAUAGCGUAAAUAUUCACGUGUUGCGUGAAUUGUAUUCUCUAACAUGAAUAAAAUAAGAAAACUGAAUUCUUCUAUUGACAUUAUUCCACUACAGGGUGCAAGUAAUGACGAAAUGAUUACUACAAUGGGAAGAAGUAACGAAGAUCAUCAACCAAGGAUUCAAGGAGAUUCGACGAUUAUUAGUCGCGUACAAACGUAUUUGUGUGAGAACGAAGAUAAAGUGUACAUUGAUGUAAAUGAGAUGGCUGAUAGUUUACAAAGAAAAUAUCGGGACUACAGGCAAAAGAAACGUGGUCCAUUCAGAGCUUUAGUUCGUCGAGCUUACGAUGAAAUAACUGAGAGUUUUUCUAAAAAAUCCGACUCUUUAUCACGACAAGAUGAUUAUGAUGAUGAAGUAGAAAUUGAGUCUGAUACACCAGUCAAUGAUCCUUUGGGUAAAGAGCUUUUAAAAAUGUACACAAAAUCUUCAGAACGAAACGGAAAUUCAAGCGAUAAAGAAUUAAUUGACAUAAGCAGCGACGAUGAUUCCGAAAAAUUGGAAGAUAUUGCUCCAGAAAAAAUAGCCAGAUCAUCUCAUGUGAGUGGUGGACCUUCAUCAAAAAUUCCUCCCAAACCUUCAGCUCAUUCUUGUCAACAAAAAUAUGCUAAAGCAGACGUUGAUAUCACCAAACUUACACCAAAUACUCCAAAAAUGCUAGACGCUCGAAAUAAGACCAUCUUAGAAAAUUCAAGGAAAAGACCCCGUGAAAAAUCUUCCGAAGAUUUUCCGACGUCCAAGAAAAAGAAAGAAAGUCAUAAAGCGAUAGACGUAAAAGUAAAAUUCGCUGAUGUUGGAGGAAAUAAAAAAGUUUUAGAAGAUGUUUGUAGAUUACUAGUUCAUAUUAAACAUCCAGAGAUUUUUAAACAAAUAGGAAUAUCACCACCUAGAGGAUUUUUACUUCACGGUCCACCAGGAUGUGGAAAGUCUUUGAUGGCUCAUGCAAUUGCAGGCGAGCUUAAUGUUCCAUUAAUUAAAGUAGCAGCUCCAGAAUUGAUCGGUGGCGUAUCAGGAGAAAGUGAAUCGCGUAUCAGAGAACUGUUUGAUAAAGCAGUUGCAUGUGCACCUUGCGUUUUAUUUUUAGAUGAGAUUGAUGCUAUGGCACCCCACAGAGCAACAGCUCAAAGAGAAAUGGAAAGACGAAUGGUUGCUCAACUAUUAUCGUGCCUUGAUGAAUUAAGCUUCAAAGAAAACGGAGAACAAGUAUUGGUUUUAGGAGCAACUAAUCGUCCAGAUGCAAUGGAUCCCGCUCUAAGACGGGCUGGAAGAUUUGAUAGGGAAGUAUGUCUUGGUAUUCCUGAUAAAGAAUCUCGAGAAUGCAUACUCCAAGUUCAUACAGCUCGUUUAUCACUCGCAAAAGACAUAGAUUUAAAGAAAAUAGCAGCAAUGACUCCAGGAUUUGUUGGAGCUGACUUAGUUGCUUUGUUACGAGAGGCAGCUAUAGCAGCAGUGGAUAGAAUUUUCAAAAAAAUCAAUAAUGAAAAGAAACUAAAUAAUGAUGAUAAAAAAAUUUCAGAACCAGUGGCUGAAAUAAUCGAAAACGAGAAAGAAAAAGAGAGCGAUGUGAGUGAAAAAGCUACAGAUAGAGAAAUUAAUGAAAUGGAUACGACAGCUACUGAGAAAAAAGAUGAAGAGCCGAGUAUAGUAGUAUCAGAUGAAGUUUCUGUUGAACAAACGAUUAUAUCACCUGUUGUUCAAAAUGAUGAUCAAAGUCUUCCAGUAACUGAUGAAAAUAGUACAAAAGUACCCGAAAGUUCUGAAAAACUACAAAAUAACUUUGAAGAUUUGGAUAAUUUACUUAAGCUUUUACGAGAUAAAAAUCCUUUAUCUCCAGAACGAUUAUCAGAUUUACAUAUAGAAAAUGUGGAUUUCGAUAUAGCUUUUCGAGUAGUACAACCAUCAUCUAAGCGAGAAGGAUUUGCUACUGUACCUGAUGUAACUUGGGAAGACAUAGGCUCGCUUCAAGAAAUAAGAGAAGAAUUACAAAUGGCUAUUUUAGCACCUGUAAAACAUUCCGAAAGUUUUGCAGCUUUUGGUUUAACAACUCCCACUGGAGUAUUGUUAUGUGGACCACCUGGAUGUGGAAAAACUUUGCUGGCAAAAGCGAUAGCUAAUGAAGCAGAAAUAAAUUUUAUUUCGGUUAAAGGACCAGAAUUACUUAAUAUGUAUGUCGGAGAAAGUGAAAAGGCAGUUAGACAAUGCUUCAUCAGAGCUAGGAAUUCUGCCCCAUGUGUCAUUUUCUUUGAUGAAUUUGAUGCUUUAUGUCCAAAGAGAACUGAAGGCGAUAACUCUUCGACUUCACGGGUUGUUAAUCAAAUACUCACUGAGAUGGAUGGUAUUGAGGGAAGAAAAGGUGUUUAUUUAAUGGCUGCUACGAAUCGACCUGACAUUAUUGAUCCUGCAGUAUUACGACCAGGCCGAUUUGAUAAAAUUCUUUAUGUUGGCCUUCCAACACCGCUAGAUCGAGUAGAUAUCUUAAAGGCGUUAACAAAGAAUGGAACAAGACCUAAACUUGCAGCUGAUGUCGACCUAGAGAUAAUAGCAAAGAGUGAUCGAUGUGAUGGAUACAGCGGAGCAGAUUUAGCUUCAUUAAUUAGAGAAGCUGGUAUUCAAGCUUUGAAAGAGUCUAUGAUAAAUAAUUCAGGAUUGACUGAGGUUUACAUGAGACAUAUAGAUACUGCUUUUACUAAAGUUCGACCUUCAAUUCUUGACAAGGAUGCAAAACAUUAUGAAAAAUUAAGAAAGCUCUACACGAUAGAAAAGCUUACAGAAGUUACACCAAUGGAAACGCCUAUUGAUUUACCUAUUGAUCAGCCAAUAAUUGAUGCACCGAUGGAAGAAAUGGAAACGUGAAGACGGUAGUUCUAUAAUAAAAGUAGAACUGUGUAUAAUCUUUUAUUUUUUCUUGAUAAGAUUACUUUUUACACAAAUUAUCACUCCGUUUUGAUUUAUGGAUUAUCAAUAGUUUUUCAUUAAUAUAAAAAUAAUAAAAAUUUUGAAAAAAAGAA